CUUGAGAACAGACAUGAGCAGAGCUUCUCCCAAGACGCCAAAGAAGAGGUUUGCAUUCUGCUUCAAGAUUAUGAACAAGACCAGUUGCAAGAACUUUGAAUCGAAGAUGCCACACAGGUGCGGCCUGAAAUGCCUCGGCCCUCUGGCUUUCCACCACGAGGUCAGGGGACGCAAGAUUAAACUGACCCACGGCUGCCGGCUAGCCGAGAGACCCACGGUCACGUUCCAGAACGGCCUGCUGUUCAGCAACCGCACCGUCAAGAUACAGGAGAGGAUUUCGCUGAUGGUGCAGAACAACGUGCCCAACUGGCAUGGAGCCAUACGUGUGGGCUUCACCAACGUGCCCCCGUCGGCCAGGACUCUGCCUCUGCCCAGCAUCGCCAUCCCCAACCUGACCGCCAGCCCCGGCCACUGGGCAGCUCCCGUGGACGAGUCCGAGUGCCGCGCCGGCUCGAUGCUGCAGUUCUGGGUCUCUGCUGGAGGCAACAUCUACAUGGCAGCCAACAACAGGAGGAAAAAGCUGCUGUCAGGGGUGGACCUCAGUCAGCCGCUCUGGGCCAUGAUAGAUCUCUACGGGCAGACCUGCGCCAUUUUGCUGCUAGGUUCGGAAAAAAGGGGAUUGCUUUGCACUCGGAAAUCCUGCCCGCCACCAGAGCCUCUCUCCAGUCCUGGAGUCAAAAACAACCCCAGUUUCAAACUUGACGUGUCAACGUUUGGUGACGAUUGCAUCUCCUGCCUCAACAUGGAAAUCCCCACAGAAUCAGAUCUAAGCUGCGUGGUGUGCAUGGUGAGAGAAGCCAGCAUGGCGCUGCCCUGUGCCCACCGCUGUUUGUGUGGUCACUGCUACCAGCGGUACAGGCAGGAGUUCAACACCUGCCCGCUGUGCCGACACAGCAUCAGCUCUCGGCGGGGAAGCGUCUCGCCGUGACGCUCUGAGCUCCCAAAGCUCCACUAAGAAAGAAUUAAUUCUAAACUACUGAGUGACUUAAAUGGAGGGACAUAUCAAACUGAAUGCAUCCUGUUACAGGACCCAGAUAAAUAUGGAGUUGGUUCAGUAGUGAUGUCCCUGAUUGAAGUAAAACCCUGAAACCCUGACUGACAUGUGAAUGUUGUACAUUGUGUUAGGCACUGAUAAAAAAAAAACACAAUGUGUACAGAUGCACUUAAUCAAAAAAUGUGGAAAUAGAGCAUUUUGAUUGCAAUAACUGGAGAAGUUGAAGCUGUAUAUAAAUGUGUAUUUUGUAUUUUUUUCUCUAAGAAAAGUUCUGUUUUUGUUAUGUGUUUUUACUUGUUUUACUUUUUACAAAAGUGAAUUUGUAUGAAAAUGAUCAUUGACAGUUUUUUUUAACUGUGUCUGGUGCAAUAAACUUAAAUGAA